AUGUCCCUGCGCUUCGCCGGCAAGCACGCCGCCGUCGUCGGCGCAACCGGCGUCAUCGGCUCACGCAUUGCCCAAGCUUUCGCGCGUCACGGCGCCUCCGUCUCGCUCCUCGGCCGGAGCGCCCUCGCCCAGCGCGCCCGUCUCGAGGCCCAGCUCGCAUCCUCCUCCCCAACAGACUCUUCUUCCUCAUCGCACGUGCAGCAGCACCAGUUCAUCAAGCUCGACGUCUCGGACGCGCGCAGCAUCAAGGACGUCUUUGGGGGACGGGGCGCGGAGGAGGGGCAGCAGGCGGUGGGACCGGUGGACGUGCUGGUGAAUUGCGCGGGCAUCUCGCAGACGACGUUUCUGAAGCGCACGCCGGAUGAGGAGCUGGCGAGGAUCGUGGACACGAACCUGCUAGCGACGAUGCUAGUCUGCAAGCAUGCGAGGAUGCAGCCCCACGGUUGCAUUAUUAAUGUGUCGAGCCUCAUGGCAACGCACGGCGGCUAUGGCGCCACGGCGUACGCUGCUUCCAAAGCUGGUCUUAUAGGCUUUACGAGAGCGCUCUGUCGCGAAAUGGCGUCCAGAUCUAUCCGUGUAAAUGCGUUGCUGCCGGGCUGGGUAGACAGCGACAUGUGGCAAAAUCUCAAACCAGAACUCCAACAAGCAUAUCUAAAAGACACUCCUCUCCACAGGGUCGCGGAUCCGGCCGAGGUGGCCGACGCGGCCGUUUUUCUCGCUGCCAAUGAGUUUGCAAACAACUGCGUCCUGAACCUGGACGGUGGUCUGAGCGCUGCAUGA